CAAAUCCAGUAACAAGUAUUGUUCGAUUCUUCAUUCCCUGACCUGGCUGGCCAUCGCACAAAAAAUUUCUUAAUGGAUGUUAUUUGGAUCGUGUCGAUGUGAAUUCGUGGGAUAAGAUUGAGCAGAUUUCUUAAAGCAGGAACGCAGCUUUAAAUACACAAAAUGGCUUUUAGCUAUGCUUGUCUUAUCCUACAACGUGGUGUGUUACCACUCGUUCUAGUAUUGGCUGCAUUGUUUCGCCCAGUUGGGAUAUCCUUUGUGUACCUGUUAAUGUUUUUUAUAUCACCAUUUAUUCCCGUCGCAACAGCUCAAAACUUUAAAGGAUCCGUCACAGCAUAUUUAAUUAUUUUAAUAGCAUUAAGUACAAUUUUAUUACUAUGUCAUGUAGCAUUACAAGUUGCUAUCAUUGCAUUUGACAUUCAAAAUAUAUUUGGUCAGUGCACCGUUACAGAGCAACUGCUGCGACACAUUGGUUUUAUCGAUUUAAAAUUAAAACCAUUGGCUAUCAUAGAAUGGCUUUUACCAGAAGUGGCUGUAUUUAUAACUUCAAUUGCUAUUUAUUUAGUCACAAAAAAAAUAUCAUUUGAAAGCGGUGCCGGCCAAGCAGAAAAUGGAGAAGGCGUAGCUGCUAUAGAAGACGGUUCUACAAGUAUAGAUAACUCAGUAGCACCACAGCAGAAGAAGACAAAUCGGCGCAUUAUAAAAAUUAAUUUUGAGCCUCUAGUAGAAAUGGCCCCAAUGUUCUGUUUGGCAACUUUAUUCUUUGCUGCAGUUCUUAGACCAUCGGUCCCUGGUGGAUUUUACUUUUUGUUUUUCUUGUUGUCCGGUUCAUACUGGGCAACUUUUCAAUCAUUACAAAGGGGAUUCGCAAUAUUAAUACGAUUUGUUAUGGUGGUUUUAGUUUUACACACAAUUUCAAUUGUAUCAUAUCAAACGCCUUGGAUGCAAGCAAAUAUUGAUAAUAGUACAUUAGUUGCAAGACUGGUUGGACUCGAACCUCUCAUAACAUCCAGUUGUAUAAAAGAUAUUCGACUUAUAUUCUACGAAACAUGGUUUAAGCUGGAUUCGUUCUUAAGUCCCUUUUCAAUGUUAUUCUCAUAUUACGUAUUGGCUUUAACUUCUAAAAAUCUCAUUGAAAUGAGGAGUGUUGGCAAACCAUUAAGUGCUUUUGGACAACUCGAAAACGGUACCAAGAACAAUCGCCAAAUGUCAAUAAGCACACGCACAACAAACGCGAGUAAAAAGGAUAGUUGGUCUAGAUCUCAGCGAUUAAAUUUGGUGCGCCACAAAAAAAUUGUACGCGGUAUAGAAACGAGUGUUGAAGCUCGAAAAGCUGAAAAUGAUAUUCCAAUGGACUUAUUAGACCGAGGAAUCGACGGUGAAAAAGGACCAUCAUUGUUUGAUCAAAUAUGUUAUGGGAUUGUCAGUGUCGGUGGAUUUAUCUAUCAGAACAGUUAUAUUUUCACAAAUAUUCUGAUGAUGGCUUGGAGUAUAGUCUAUCAUAGUUGGCUAACAUUUGUAUUUCUGCUUUGGGCUAAUGUUCUGUGGAUGAUACCAAAUCAACGCAAAGCAAUGAUGCGGUCAAGUCCGUUCAUUGUGUUUUAUGCAGAGUUACUUUUAAUAGCACAAUACAUUUAUGGAAUGAAUUUAACAAACGAUGAACUACCUUCGAGUGUGAAUACGACUGGUAUUAAUUUGCAACAAAUUGGUUUAGAGCGCCCUUCUGAAAAUCAAGUUCAACCAUGUAUUCCAUUGAUUGUGAAGACUUCUUUUCUUCUUAUGUUCUGGGUUACAUUGAGACAAUUUUUCAAAGAAAAAAACGAAAGAAAAACUCAUAACACUUUGGCUGAUAUGGUGGCGCCUUUACAAGUAAGCGUUAGUGCAGCAACGGCCGCAGAUGGAGGCUCAACACAUGACAACAAAAAGACAUCAAAAUUCCUAAAAAAAGCUGGUGAUAUAAUAAAGAAUCUUCUUGUUCGCUUAUGGAUUUGGUUGUUAAUCCUUGUGAUAUUUUUAUGUGCUAUAACUGGUGUCAAGAUGACAGGAUUUCGUAUUUGCUAUAUGGCAAUGUUUUUAUUCUUCCUAUUAGUUUUUCAGUCAUCUUCAAAAGCAUGGGUCAAAGUCAUGUAUGGUUUUUGGCUUUUCCUUAUAUUUUAUGCCAUGUCGAUAUUAACGCUGAUUUACACUUAUCAGUUUGAUAAGUUUGAUCAAUAUUGGAACGACUACCUGAACAUAUCAAAAACACUACAAGAAGACAUUGGUCUAAAAAAAUAUGAGACAAAAGAUCUGUUUCUUCAUCUAGUUUCCCCAACUAUUAUUGUUAUACUAACUGUGAUUCAAGUUCAUUAUUUUCAUAAGCGUUUUAUUGCUGCGUUACAACACCAGUCACUUGAAAUUUCACAAGAGAGAAUUAGAACAAGUUCUUCUCAAGAAGCUAUUGAGUCAUUAGAUAAUAAUGCUCUAGAUAAAGAAAGUUCUAUUAAAGCAAAAAACCUGGACUCAAGUGGAAUAUCAAUUCAGAAAAGUAGAAUCCAAGCAUCAAUAAAAGAUUUAAUACAUCGCUUUCUUUCUGAAUUCAAAAGUAGAGCAAGGAACUUUGCUAAAAACUUCAAAGGAGUUUGCUGGAGAUUUUUGGAAUUACAUUUAAUAAAGGCUGUUUACAUAAGUGCUUUUGUGUGUUGCGUUAGUGAGGUAUGUGUGCUUCAUAUUGCUUUCUGUGCACUCUGCAUCAUCGGUCUUAUCUCCAAAAGUAAAGUGCAAAUUUUCAUCAGCCGCAUAAUAUCACUAGUUGUUUCAAUAAUCAUUCUUACGAAAAUGAUAUAUCAAGUGCAAUAUAUCUCUCAUGAAAGGUAUAACGUUACUUGUAAUACCAAUGAAACUAUACAAAACAACGCUCUGUGGUUUGGCCUGCAGAAGGCAACUUUUAACGGCGGUCUUAUGAGUCUUAUUAAAAAAUAUAUUAUUUUCAUGGUAAUGGUAACAUUGCAUGCAGUAGUUACUCUUCGCCAAAGCCAAAUGCGUACACUACAAGGAGAAACCAAUCAACGACCAGCCAAGGUUGUUUUCCCAGGAAUUACUCGUGCUGAUGCGGAGAAAAAUCUCGAAGGAAUGAUAAAAUACUUAUUCAACUAUGGUUUCUAUAAAUUUGGAAUGGAAUGUACAUUGAUAACUUUGGUUUCGUUGAUAACCUAUCGACAAGAUGUGGUUGCGAUAUUUUAUGUUAUCUGGUUAUGUGCCUUGCUGUGGUUUGAAAGAUCGUCCUGCGCAAAAGUAUGGAGCGUCUUCCAAUGCUUCACUGCCACAAUAAUAUUUUUGGAGUACGUAUUGCUUGUUGGACUACCACCUGGACUGUGCUCUGAAUAUCCUUGGACUAAAUCAUCACAUUCAGAUGCCUUACAAAAAUGGGCGAUGCUACCGGGAAAUCUUAAUUACAGCCAUGUUAACAAACUGAUUUUCGAUUUUAUAAUGUUACUUUUUAUUAAUCGACAGAAGAGAGUUUUUACUGUUGAGAAAAAAUACGACAAUGACAAUAAUUAUCCUGGGGGCACAAAUAAAUCUAUUAUCAGUGAUAUUGAGAACCUGGGUCAUGUGGAAUUUGAAAAUCCAACUAGAGACUUUCUAUCGACAAUAAGGAAUUAUUUAGACAUUAUUAAAAACGCAAUUUUGUGUGGUUUUUAUUGGAUAACGCUUGCAGUUGUGUUUCUUGCCGGAACAAAUAUUUCAGAUCUACUAGCUAUUGGAUAUUUGAUAGGAUCGUUUAUAUUUCUGUGGCAAGGAUCAGACUUCUAUCUUCGUCCCAUAAGAACUAUUCUCAGAAGAUGGAAUAUCCUUUUAUUAUAUAACGUUGUGAAUAUAACAAUUAAAACGUUUCUUCAAAUCGGAGGAUGUCUAUUCCUAAGCAUAUUCCAAGCUAAUGCUUGUUGGUUAAUACAUAUGUUAGGAAUCGAGUGUGCGGACGGUGGUGAUAAUCCUACAGUAGAAACAGAAGAACUAACCAGCGAGUGUCCCGCAUUAAAAAGUCAAUCUUUUCUUGUUUGGGAUGCGGUUUGUUUUGCCUUUCUUAUUUUACAGCUUAGAAUAUUCAAAAGUCAUUAUUUCUGUCAUAUCAUCAAUGAUACAAAAGCGAACACCAUAUUGGCUGACAGAGGUGCUGAGAUUAUUGAAGACCUCCGGCAGAAACAAAUUGAACAUCGGAAACAACACGAACAAGAAGUUUUAAGAAAAAUUAAAAGAAAAAUGGAAAAAAUUCGAGCCACACAACAGAAAAUGUUGCGUCCUAUCGACAAGCCUACUCAUUUUGACGAAGAACAUGGUUUUCCUCUUCCUGGCCCAAGAGUUCAAAAACGGAAAGAGAUAAAAUAUCAUCCACAGGCUAUCCGAGCUGGCGAUUACUACAUGUUUGAUGAUAUGGAUGAGAAGUUUGAGUUGGACUUGAUUGAAGAUGAGGUCGAUUUCCUUGAGGAUCAAGGAAAAAUUGAUGAAAGUGAGAAAAAAAUGACCCGAAGGAAAAAUCUAUUUGAAGUUUGUAAAGAAAUAACCAACAACGGAAAAAAAACAUUUACGCGGCACCGUUCAUAUGCAUCAGCACCGGGUUCAAGAAUCGGCAUUAAAGGCAUGGAGCCGCCAGAUAUACCACGAUCAUCUGUGAUAUCCGAUCCCCUAGUAUAUCCUGAAAGCUGUGACGGUGAUGAUAAUGAAAAAACUGAUAAGCCCAAAUCGGAAAAACCUAAACCAGAUGUACCGACAACAAGUAAGGAUGCUUCUUUAGAGGAACAAUCAGAAACUAAAAAGCGUAUGGGAACGGACAGCUCUGAUGCAACAGAUAAGGAUUCUGAUGGAAUGGACCCACCCAACCCAAUUAUACGUCUUCUUGAGGCUUUUAUGGUUUCAGUUGUGAUUCGUUUAAACAGAUUCUCAAGAAAUUAUAGAUAUGUUAUGAAAAUUUUAGCUGAAGAAAAGAAAAUGCUUAAAGAAUCGAAAGCAUUUGACCGAUAUGGAAGCGCUGGCACUGUGAAUGUAAAUGUUCCGACGCCGUUUGCGAACUUGAAGAAACAAUUGUUGAGAAAUGAUGAAGCUUCCAAAACAAUUGCACUAAAUACUCAAUCAAAUACAGAAAUACAUGAUACGAACACCACAACAACUACCGCUGCAUUACAUCAACCACUCAUUGAUAUCAACGAAAUUGAAUUAGAUACCAUUGAUGCUCACAUUAGAAAAGAGUCGGGGAGUCAAGGUUCCUUAUCAAGACCUCUUGGGCGAAGAUCAAGUGGAGUGCCUGGUAUAAGGGUGAUGCCUCCCUCCGUAGAGAUGGGACUUGAUGAGACAGGCACUCUAAGCGACGAAUGGUCUUAUGAAAAAGUAGACAGAGCUGGAGAUUUUACAUAUGAGGAAGAUUUCGCAACCAGAGAUCACCACAUCAUUAUUGAAGCACUAAUAUCAGCUUGGUAUGCUAUACUUUCAAAUACUGAUCUUAUCUGUUAUAUUGUAGUAUUCAUAAAUCAGGUCAUCAACGCCAGCAUAAUUUCUCUUCCAUUGCCGUUAAUGGUAUUCCUCUGGGGAACACUAUCCCUUCCUCGCCCUACAAAAACAUUCUGGAUCACAUUGAUCGCUUACACCCAAGCACUUGUUUUGAUAAAAUGUGUUUGCCAAUUUAGAUUGAUUUGGUCAAAUUAUAUCAAUAUGCCUCUACCAAAUCAACCAUUGGCUGCUGUCAAAAUAAUAGGAAUCGGAUUAAAUCAACACUAUGCAAAUUAUGAUUUACUUCUUUUGUUGGUCUUAUUUUUCCAUAGAUUUGUGUUGAAAUCUCAGGGUUUAUGGAAAUCUGAAUACAAAGGAGAAGUAAUGCAAGAACAUGCUUUGAUUUUAAAAGAAGAUGCUCUUACUAAAAAUGUUUCAGAUGAUAUAAAUGAAGAACAAGCAGCGAUCAUACAAACAGCUGAUGGUGGAAAUGACCAUAAUACUCAAGAUUCAAGUUCUCUUCAAAAUUCAGGAGAGUAUAUUGCUGGAAUUUCACAACUAACGAAACAUAAGUAUUUGUCGUCUUAUCGAAAAUUUUUUAUUAAUUUAAUUAAAAAAACUCGAUUACCUGCUGAUGUUUAUGCGCUGAUGUUUUUAUGUGACUUUAUUAAUUUCUUCGUUCUUUUAUUUGGUUUCACAGCAUUUGGGUCCCAGCAAGGCGAAGGCGGUGUGCAAACAUAUUUAGUUGAAAACAAAGUGCCUAUACCAUUCCUUAUUAUGUUACUCGUUCAAUUUAUUUUAAUUGUUAUUGAUCGGGCUCUUUAUCUGCGGAAAGCUUUGGUUCACAAAAUAGUUUUCCAUUUCUUCUCCGUUAUCGGCAUACAUAUAUGGAUGUUUUUCGUUAUUCCAGCAGUUACAGAACGAAGUUUUUAUUCUUUAGCUCCUCCAAUAAUAUUCUACAUCAUCAAAUGUUUCUACCUAUUGCUUUCAUCAUUCCAAAUAAAAUGUGGUUAUCCAAAGAGAAUUUUGGGCAAUUUCCUCACAAAAGGGUUCACUUUGGUGAACAUGAUUUCGUUCAAAUUCUACAUGCAAGUUCCAUUCUUGUUUGAGCUUAGAACGAUUCUCGACUGGGUGUGCACGGAUACGACAAUGACUCUUUUCGAUUGGCUAAAAAUGGAAGAUAUAUUUUCGGAAAUCUAUUUCAUAAAAUGUGGCCGACAAAUGGAAACAGACUUUCCAGCUAUGCGAGCACAAAAAAAGGCCAUGAUGUCAAAAAUCACUUUGGGCGGAACAAUAAUUUUACUAAUAGUAGUUUCGAUUUGGGGCCCUCUUUGUUUGUUUGCGUUAGGAAAUGCAGUUGGACAAUCAAAUAUACCCUAUGAAGUAUCGGCCUCAAUUCGUAUCGGACCCUAUGACCCAAUUUAUGAAACCAAUAACAGGGAAAGUAUAUAUCCGUUCAAUAGUACGAUGUUUAUGGACUUACAAAACGCUUACAAGAAGAAAAGGUCUGCUUUUACAUUUUUAAGUAACUACGAUGAAGGUGAUAUCGCAGCAAUUAUAUUAAAAGCUAAUGCUCCUUCAUUGUGGGCCAUCACUCCUCCAGACAAAGAACGACUCUUAGAUGAUUUGGUAGCAAAUCGAUCUCUAACAUGCCGCUUCACAUACUCCUUUACAAGAACUCCACCUACGAAAGGAGGCAUAGGAACGGUUGCCUCCGAAAUCACUUAUGAAUUAGGCGAAACCUUUUUAGGUCGUGAAGCUAUGAUAGCAAUGCUUCAGGGAAAAGCCACAACCAAUAGUGUUGUAGUUCUACCAAAAAUUUUGCCGAAAUUUAUAAAGGUACAUAACUCAGGAGACUUAAACUUCAUAACACAGCUGAUGCCUGAUGAUGAAGUUUAUCGAUCGCUAGCUAUAAGACUGCAUAUCAACAACGAUACUAAUGGAGUAUGGUGGGAGAUACAAGAAACAUGCGAUGAUGCUUUCUAUAAAAACACUUUAAAUCAGCUACCAUAUUCGAAUUGUGAAUCUGGAGUUGUCAUGUAUACUUUUAAUGAUAAAAAGUUCCCUUCAACCUUCAGUUUUCUGACAGCCGGAGGAAUCAUCGGACUCUAUACUACAUUUGUGUUAUUGGCGUCAAGAAUAUUGAAAUCAUCUAUCGCCGGGCAAAGUAGAAGAAUAAUGUACGAAGAUCUUCCAUACGUUGAUAGAGUUCUCCAAUUGUGCCUUGAUAUUUAUUUGGUAAGAGAAGCAUUAGAGCUCGCUCUUGAAGAAGAUCUAUUCGCCAAACUACUCUUCCUCUACCGUUCACCGGAAACAAUGAUCAAAUGGACUCGGCCGAAAGAAGAAACCAACGAUGACGAAACAGACACGGAGAGUGUACGAAGUAGAAAUAGUCAUCGCCGAAUGGAUUAAAUCAAACAUAACUGUAAAAGAGCUUAUUUUCAUACAGCAUCAAACAGUAUAUGACAAAACAAAACUCGUAACCAAAACAAAAGUUCAGGGAUUCUAAGCAUUUUUAGUUAACUUUAAUAAUUGCGGCGCUCUAUUUACAUAUAUAUGUUUUAUUAGUAAUUUAAUUUGGUGGCUCUUUUAUUUACUUGAGAGAAAAAUCAUUUGAAAACAUAAACAAAUAAUACAUAUAGCUAUAAAUUUAUUAAAAUAGCAUUUUAAGAAUUAUGUAUAAAUAUUUAUUAACUACUUACUAAGUAAACUAUUAAACUAUUAGAUUGUCAUUAAUUUUGUUUAAAAAGUAACACAUAUAAUCAAAUCACAAAUGGUUGUACAUAAAAUAAGAUUGUUAAGUCUUUAAAAUAUUAGUUGAUUGUGUUUUUUUCCCGUAGGUUUUUUUUUUUUGUAAAUAUGGAUACAACAUCAUAUGUACUGUAUUAGGAAUACCUUCCUCUCAAAAGUUAACUUAAUUUUUCUGGUAUAUCAGGAAACCCAGAAAUCUCAACAAACUGAACACAAUUUCUCAGAUUUGUGUUUCCUUUCUUCUUCUUUCCCUCAGUUUCUGUUCGAGUAAAUUUAUAAAUCUCAGAAAUCUACAAUACAUUCCUUAACCAAAUCUUUUUUAUCUUCAACAGUUUUAAUCCAGUCAAAUAAGGGUUUCACCUCGGAAUGAAUGCUAAUAGAAAUUUUUUUUGCUCAAUAUCUUCAUUUUGGCAUUCUAUAACAUAGCUCAAAAGUCUAGAAAAAUCUAAUGUCCGCGAGUCGCAAUUUUCAAGGUCAAAGCGCGAAAGGAGAUUUUCAAAAUCCGCAAUAAUAGACAAUGGUAUUAUAUACACAUAUGAUGCAUGUCUUAGAGGUAUUUUUUAAUGCUGAUGCCAAAAAAUCUAAAAUCAAAUUUUAAUUUUUUCACAAAUUUUAACAUAAAGUGAACGAUCAAAACUUUCACAAAUAUAAAUAAUACAGUAAAAUAAGGUGAAAAAAGGGGUAAAUCUCGAAAUGAAUGCUAAUAGAAAUUUUGUUUUGCUCAACAUCUUCAUUUUAGCAUUCUAUAACAUACCUCAAAAUUCUAGAAAAAUCUAAUGUCCGCGAGUCGCGAUUUUCAAGGUCAAAGCGCGAAAGGAGAUUUUCAAAAUUCGCAAUAAUAGACAAUGGUAUUAUAUAAACAUAUGAUACAUGUCUUAGAUGUAUUUUUUAAUGCUGAUGCCAAAAAAUCUUAAAUCAAGACAAUCUGACGUCUCUGAAAAAUGUUAUACCAGUUUUUCAUCUGUCAACCCAUAUUAUUAUAACAGUUGCAAACUUACUACCGAAAACCCUUAAAAGUUAUGGUAGAGGAACCAAAUUUUGCAUGAGGGUUUUCCUAUCCAUUAUCAUUAAGGAUCAAAACAAUGCAAUGAAAAAACAUAUAAAUCUAUGAACAAAUGGUAUUUUUUGAGAAAAGGGAAAUUGUAGGAUAUGCACUAAAAAACAUCCUGGUACAAUCUUGGAAUUAGUGCUAAUAGGCUAAUUUUUUUGUUUCUAUCUUAGCUUAGAUAUUCUAUAACUUAUGACAAAAAUCUAAAAAAAUCUCAUGUCCGCAAGUCCUAAUUUUUCUGGUUCGAAGAUAAGGUGCACAUUUUAAAAAAUUGAAAAACUACUCUUCAGAUAUUUGUGUCAGAUCAACAUGAAUAAGGUACAUUACUUUUCAGGGAUGGUCAGAUUGAUUUGUUUGUAUGCUUUGUUGGAAUCAGCGUUAAAAAAUACGUUGAAAUCAUAUGGGUUAUGUUGGUAUACAUAUAAGAAUCUAAAGUUUUUAAAUCUGCACCUAACUUUAGUUUAGUACCAGGAUGUUUUUUAGUGCAUAUCCUAAAAUGUUCCCUUUUUUAAAAAAAUACCAAUUUUUCAUAGAUAUGAAUGUUUUUUCCAUUGCAUUUUACAGAUUCCUAAUAAUAAUGGAUAUGAAAACCUUCAUGCAAAAUUUGGUUCCUCUACCAUAACUUUAAAGGGUUUUUCGGUAGUAAGUUUGCAACUGUUAUAAUAAUAUGGGUUGACAGAUGAAAAACUGGUAUAACAUUUUUCAGAGACGUCAGAUUUAAGAUUUUUUGGCAUCAGCAUUAAAAAAUACCUAUGUAUCAUAUGUUUAUAUAAUACCAUUGUCUAUUAUUGCGAAUUUUGAAAAUCUCCUUUCGCGCUUUGACCUUGAAAAUCGCGACUCGCGGACAUUAGAUUUUUCUAGAAUUUUGAGGUAUGUUAUAGAAUAGGGCUGUAAAAGUAACGACAAAAUGAGUACCCGCAUGUAUACGUUACUUUUGGUUCUAGUACCCGCAUCAACGAUAUCGUUACUCGUUACUUUAGGUAUAUUUCGUAUGUUUCGCAUGUUUCGCAUGUUUCGUAUGCUUCGUAUGCUUCGUAUAUUUCGUAUAUUUCGUAUGUUUCGUAUAUUUCGUAUAUUUCCUACAUUUGGUAUUUUUGUUAUGUCUCACGAUUUACGUUAAGAACUUAUUAUUUUGGUUGUUUUUUUUUUUUAAUAUAUAUUAAAAGUAAAAACGACAUUAAAAAUUUAAUAAUGCAAGAUUUUGAAUGACAAGAAAUCUUUUUUAAAAUGGUAUACAAAUAUUCUCUAGCUCAACUAGCUUAGCAAAGAGUAAAGUUUUCAAGAAUCUGCUUUCAAUAUCAGAUUUUCGAUGUACCUAAAAGUAAUUUUUUUUUUAAGAUAUGAACGUGCCGGUGCUGAAUAAAGUUUUUACCAGAUAUAGUUAAAUAGAAUCAUAACUAACAUAAUUAAGAAACCAAACAAUUCAAGAUUCAAAUAAGAAUAUACGAACACGCCCAUGUUUCGUUUCCUCCCGGUCCAAACUUAAAAAUUGUCAUUGCAGCCAACCUAAAAUAAAAAACCAUUCAAUCAUUUCACUCAAUCACAUUCAUUCCAUAUUCUCAUUCAAAGUUGUCGUCACUCAUGUCAGACACCACCUCACCACACACAAGCACGAAAGUAGUACCUUCUUGAAAUCAAAAGAAAAAAAAACAAAAACUUUAAACCACGAAUAAAACCAAAAUUGUAAUUAUUUGUUUGAAUCAAACUAAAGAAUAAAAUAAAUUAAACAAAUCAAAUAAAUAAAAAGAAAAAUUCUUUUUAUUAAUUACAAAAGGAAAAAAGGAGAAAACAGAAUACAAGUACGGCUACGCCCCAACAGAUGCAGUGUACCAUUUUGUUUUUGUUUCACAUUUCGUAUACCUAUCCAAAUUGGUAUUCUAAUUGGAAUGUAUCUACACUACACUCAAACACACUUUCACAUAAUUCACUCCACAAGCACAUGUCCAUAAAAAACAGGGACGAAAGAGAAAGAAACAGAGUUCUUAUUUACCCCUUUUGAUAAACAUACACAAAAACAGAACAACAAAAUCAUAAAAUACAUAAAUGAUGAUACCGAACCGACACGAGAUGCGAAAUAAUGCGCACACGACAAAUGCAGUGUACCAUUUUGUUUUCGUUUCGCAUUUCCAAAUUGGUAUUGGAAUUGGAGUAUCGUCGUUACUCGUAUGUUCCGUAUUUUUCGUAUGUUUCGCACGUUUCGUAUGUUUCGCAUGUUUCGUUACUUGUUCAGUACUAGUAACGAAACAUACGAGUAACGAAAUUAUUUGGGCAGUAACGUUUCGUUUCUCGUUACUGAAGUGAAUACCCGCAUUUAAGUAACGAAUACAUACGGUUUGCUACAGCUCUAUUAUAGAAUGCUAAAAUGAAGAUGUUGAGCAAAACAAAAUUUCUAUUAGCAUUCAUUUCGAGAUUUACCCCUUUUUUCACCUUAUUUUACUGUAUUAUUUAUAUUUGUGAAAGUUUUGAUCGUUCACUUUAUGUUAAAAUUUGGGUAAUACAACGUUUCGAUCGUCCAUUAUUUGUUAAUAUAAAACUUUCAAGUUUGAUUUUUUGGUAGAAUCCUACCGAAUUUGGUAGGUUUUGUUGGUUUUAGUAGGUUGUUAGGUUUAAAAUCGAUUUGGUAGGUUCUUUGGUCAACAAUUUUCAAAAACAAUUUCCAAUAAAAAAAAUCAUUUCAUUUUUUUUUCUUAUAAACUGCAAAAUCUUUUUUUAAACGAGCAAUGUGGACUCGUCCCACAUAUCUUUUUAACCAAUUAAAAAAAUUAAAAUUUUACAUUUUGAAGGGUCAACUAAUAUACUCGUUAUAUAGGUACUUUGAACUACAAGAGCAUGUACAGUCCGUAACACAUGGAUAGCCUCACCCGUAGUAAACUUAAAAAUCAUCUUUUUUCUGUACUUUUUAGAUGCGAACAAAAUGUAAUUUUAACGUACAUAGAUACUUCUGUGUCAGGGAUGUAGACAAGCUUUACUUGAAUUAUUGAAGUUAAUGGUGUUUUCUCUCGGAACAUUUUGUGAAUGUCAAUAAAAUAGACGUUUUUUUUGUAACAUCAAAAACUAUUUUUUGUAUUAAUUAACGAGGUUAAGCGCCCCCCUUUUUACUUAGAAUUAUGUCAGAAAUACGACAAUUUAAAGAAUAGUCAAAAAAUAUCAACAAAUCUGAUGAAAAGUUAUCCCGGAGGGCUUCGAUGCCAUCAUUUAGCUUCUCUUUCUUCAGAUACAGCUUUCUUCUCUUCAUCAUUUAUAUACCGUUACACUUGAAGCUGUAGGAACAAGAUGGCUUACAUAGUUUUUUUUUUUAACUUUGGCUUUCUUUCCACGUUGUUUAAGCUUUAUAUAGCAUUCAAAUAAUUUUAUUUCAUUAAUAAACUUGUAACAAAUGUAAAAAAAAUUAUUAAAAGUUGUUUUUAAAUUAACGAAAAUACUUGUUUAAAUGGUUUAAAUCUUAAAAUAAAGUAUGCCAUUUCAUUUCUUGUAUAACAGAUCAUUUUAUUUUUUUGUAAAUUAUUGAAACGUUUUUCAAAAAAAAAAUCAAAAGAAAAAAAAAUUGGUAUAUCGUUAUAAAGAAAUUAUUCAUCCAUAUAUUGAAACAAAAUUUCAAGAAAAUUCAUUUAUCCGUUGGGAAAAAUAUUCUUCAUUUUUUCAUAAGCAUGACGAAGCAGUUCGUUAGAUUUUGGCAUAGACCCGUAUACUCCAGUCAAAGCGUCAUUUGACCUUGCGAUGAGAGGCACUGUCUGUUUUUAUUUCAUGGAUCGAUGGGGGUAUAUUUAAAAGGCUUAAACCCAAUUUCUCACCACCUGAUCAUUCUUUUUAGCGGAGUUAUUCACAAAAAUGCAUUUUUUUGGAUAUUUUACUUCUAAGCUAAUAUCUUUGCUCCGGAUUAUCGUAGACCAAAAAAUAAACAUGCAUUCUCUUCCUUAUAAUAUUUUCUAUCGUUGUAUGUAAUUUCAUUGUAUUUGAGUGAGUAAAUAUAAAAUGGCAGCCAUUUAAAGUCAAAUUCCUGUUGUUAAAAAACACAUUUUUGUCAUUAUUUCGAAAAAAGCUUAUAUCAUGAUUAACAUUUUUCUAACCUAUUUUGUAGCCCUGUUCAUGUCCUGCAUUUUACAGAAAAAAUGAGCUCUUUAUCACCAAAGAUGGCCGAGCUAUUGAUAAAUGAACGCAUGCAAAUAAUAAAGCAAUGAAUUGUUCGUUACAACAUUUUCUAUCAAUUUAGUGCACAAUCUUUUUGUUGAAACCAAUAAAAAAUAAGUAAUAUUAAGUCAAAGUCGUUUUUUUGUUUAGCAAACUCUUGCCUUAUUAUUUUGCAAACGGUGCGAGUAUUGGCUAAGAAAAUAAAAUAUUAUUGUAGUCCUUUAAAUUAUCUACAAUUAAAAAAAAAAAUUAGCUCUCUACGACCCACACGAGCCGAGUAAUUAAUUUUUUAAAAAAGGUCCAAAUGACCAACGAAAAAACAUAAGACAAAUUCUCUUAUAACAAGAAACAAUGAAAACAACCCCUCUCACUGAGAACUAGUAUUCGAAUCAUAAACAAGGGAAAUUUUUUUGAAUUUUCGUACGGAUUAAUGCUUUCUUAAAAUUAUAAUAGCUCGGCUCCCGUGGGUCGUAGAAAGCUAAAUUUUUUUUUGAAUUGUAGAUAAUUUAAAGGACUACAAUAAUAUUUUAUUUUCUUAGCCAAUACUCGCACCGUUUGCAAAAUAAUAAGGCAAGAGUUUGCUAAACAAAAAAACGACUUUGACUUAAUAUUACUUAUUUUUUAUUGGUUUCAACAAAAAGAUUGUGCACUAAAUUGAUAGAAAAUGUUGUAACGAACAAUUCAUUGCUUUAUUAUUUGCCGUAGGACAUUCUGAAGACGAGUUAUUCCCAAAAAACGAUAUUUGUGGGUGUUUUCGCACCGGUUUUGCAUGCGUUCAUUUAUCAAUAGCUCGGCCAUCUUUGGUGAUAAAGAGCUCAUUUUUUCUGUAAAAUGCAGGACAUGAACAGGGCUACAAAAUAGGUUAGAAAAAUGUUAAUCAUGAUAUAAGCUUUUUUCGAAAUAAUGACAAAAAUGUGUUUUUUAACAACAGGAAUUUGACUUUAAAUGGCUGCCAUUUUAUAUUUACUCACUCAAAUACAAUGAAAUUACAUACAACGAUAGAAAAUAUUAUAAGGAAGAGAAUGCAUGUUUAUUUUUUGGUCUACGAUAAUCCGGAGCAAAGAUAUUAGCUUAGAAGUAAAAUAUCCAAAAAAAUGCAUUUUUGUGAAUAACUCCGCUAAAAAGAAUGAUCAGGUGGUGAGAAAUUGGGUUUAAGCCUUUUAAAUAUACCCCCAUCGAUCCAUGAAAUAAAAACAGACAGUGCCUCUCAUCGCAAGGUGAGGCCCUUUUUUCCGACGCUUUGACUGGAGUAGUAUUGCGAUUCACAACUUUCAAGUUGAUAAAUACUCAAAUUUGGUAUUUUAAAAUUUAAUUUAUGGGAAAACUGGUCAACUUGUAAAUGGAAUUUUUUAAUUAGAUUUCAAUUAAUAACGGUUCACAAUUAUCUGUUUUCAAAACUUUUGUUAAUUAAUGUGAAUGUCCAUUUGCCACAAAAAAUUAAUUAUAUUUAAUCUUUUGUCAAAAAUACCGGGAAAUACUGGUAUUAUAUUCUAGUUGCAAAAAAAGAUAAUUCAUUUUUGAUCUGAGGUCAAAUUCUCUGAUUGGUCAACUGUCAAAAAAAGUCUUUCCAAUUUAGGUGUCUGCCCCAUGCGAUCUAAAAAAAUUCUUAAGUAAAUUUCGAAAUUUUUCAAAAAUAAAAUAUCAAAACUAAUUUAGUCAAUUUACUUAAAUUUCCGUUCAAAAAAUGAAGUUGCCUAAAUAAAUCUAGUCCCUAAUAUUUCCUAGACGUGCCCAAUUUCUCUUCCUUCCAGAAGAAGAACUGUCAUUCGAGGCCAAUAGCAAACUUUCAGAAUUUAAUUUUUAGUCCAAAAAAUUAUCGAAAAAAAAAACAAUUCUAACGAUUAAAAAUUGUGAUUGUAAAGAAUUUAAUUUUUUUUUAUCCAUAAACAUAUUUAUAUACAGUUAUGUGAAAAACAUUUUUAAAAAAUUAAAUAAAAAUCUUUAAAAUUUUAAUCAAUUUUUACUAAAUGGAUGUUGGUACCUAUAUACAUUAGUGCUACUCAGUAGUGCAUUUUAUUUUACUAAGUCAUGAGUUUCAUACAAUUGUAAUCAAACUAUCUACCAACAUUGUUUAAACUGAAAAAAACUGCUUAAUUAAUGAUAUAAAAAGACUUUUGCUACAUCACACACUUUAUUAACCUUAUAAAUUACUAAAAAUACCAGUGAAAGUUUACUAUAUAGUCCAGAUUUUUCAACAGCUCAGUAUCUGCUAAUAUUUUUCAUUUUAGUACCUGGGUGACCGAACUUUGCUCGGUAUCUUUAAAUGUUAUAACUUUCAGUGAAAAAAGUCAAAUAUGAGGCCUCAGUUAUAGCUAUCAGUAAAAUCCAUCAGUAAAAAUUGAACCAUCAGGAAUCUGAAAUGUUUUACUGAUGAGCGUUCAUAGCAAUCAGUAAAUUUACGUCACUAAAUUAUAAUGUUUUUUUGACAUUUGCUUCCCAAACUAUUUUUUUACUGAUCAUUGCAUCAGUAAUUUUUUUUAUGAUGGCACCGGAACAGUAAAAAAAUGAAACGCCAUCAGUAAAACGAAAUGGAAUUUUUUUUGGCAUUUGAAAUCAGUUGUUCAGUAAGGCCUCAGUUAUAGCUAUCAGUAAAAUCCAUGAGUAAAAAUUGAAACAUCAGGAAUCUGAAAUCUUUUACUGAUGAGCGUUUAUAGCAAUCAGUAAAUUUACGUCAUUAAAUUAAAUGUUUAUUUGACAUUCGCGCCUCAAGAAAUUUUUUUACUGUUGAUUUCAUCAGUAAUUUUUUUAAUGAUGGCACCGGAAUAGUAAAAAAAUGAAACGCCAUCAGUAAAACGAAAUGGAAUUUUUUUUGGCAUUUGGCCAGUCAGCUGUUCAGUAAAAUGAAAUUUCAUCAGUAAAAUUUAUAAAAUGAAUUUGUGUAUGAAAUUUAACACAAAAUGCAUUGAUUCUUUUUGAAAAAAUUAGUGGAAAUAUGUUUUCAAUUUAUUACAUCAAAAUUUUCCACAAAAUAUAAGAUUAAAGUAUUCAAAAUAGCAAAACUAAAUUUUUACUGAUGGAUUUUACUGAUAGCUAUAACUGAGCCCUAAGGCCUCAGUUAUAGCUAUCAGUAAAAUCCAUUAGUAAAAAUUGAAACAUCAGGAAUCUGAAAUCUUUUACUGAUGAGCGUUUAUAGCAAUCAGUAAAUUUACGUCAUUAAAUUAAAUGUUUAUUUGACAUUCGCGCCUCAAGAAAUUUUUUUACUGUUGAUUUCAUCAGUAAUUUUUUUAAUGAUGGCACCGGAACAGUAAAAAAAUGAAACGCCAUCAGUAAAACGAAAUGGAAUUUUUUUUGGCAUUUGGCAGUCAGCUGUUCAGUAAAAUGAAAUUUCAUCAGUAAAAUUUAUAAAAUGAAUUUGUGUAUGAAAUUUAACACAAAAUGCAUUGAUUCUUUUUGAAAAAAUUAGUGGAAAUAUGUUUUCAAUUUAUUUCAUCAAAAUUUUCCACAAAAUAUAAGAUUAAAGUAUUCAAAAUAGCAAAACUAAAUUUUUACUGAUGGAUUUUACUGAUAGCUAUAACUGAGCCCUAAAAUGAAACUUCAUCAGUAAAAUUUAUAAAAUGGAUUUGUGAAUACAAUUUAACACCAAAUGCAAUGCUUCUUUUUGAAAAAAUUAGUUAAAAUAAGCUUUCAACUUAUUUCAUCAAUAUUAGUUCAAAAUAAAAGUUUAAAGUAUUCAAAAUAGGUAAACAAAAUUUUUACUGAUGGAUUUUACUCAUAGCUAUAACUGAGGCCUAAAAAGCAAUUUUUUGGAGUGGGUUUGAGUUUGCAAUGACCAGUUUUUUCGCGGGUUAUAAAACACCACAUUCCCACUUUAUAAUACAGUUUAUUUACGUUUGAAUAUACAUGCGACGAUCGGCAAUGGAUAGAAGGGUUACAGGAAUCUGCAUUAUCGAAAAUGCCUACAGCAAUGAGAUCCCUUUUUGUUCAAAUUUUAAUUUACGGGUCAGAAAGUUUUAGAUGGUGAAUAUAAAGUUAAUCUUUUUCUCAACUUUAGCAUUGGCGGCAAAGCUUAGUAUGAAGAAAUACUAUUUUUAUCCCUGUCUCUGUUUUAUUCUGUAUCAGUGGAUGCUUUACUUCUCUCUUUUUUACUUAUAUAUUAUAAGAUUAACAUUAGGUCAAUGGUGUUGCUUGUUGUGAAGCCUGGUACGCUGCUCGCGCUAAAUUUUAGCUCCCAUACAAAUUAUCGAAAAUUUUUAGCCGAGAUAAAAUGGAUCCCAUACAAGUUAUUGAUAACUUGUAUGGGAAUUUUAUCUCAGCUAAAAUUUAGCGCGAGCAGCGUACCAGGCUUGAGUUAUUUUAUUCUUAAGCCUGGUACGCAGUUCGCGCUAAAUUUUAGCCGAGAUAAAAUUCCCAUUCAAGUUAUCGAUAAUUUGUAUGGGAUCCAUUUUAGCUGAGACAAAAUUUUUCGAUAAUUUGUAUGGGAGCUAAAAUUUAGCGCGAGCUGCGUACCAGGCUUUAUACGUUAACAAUAGUCGCAUUAAAAAAAAAAAAAACGUAAAA